UAAAAUGUCACAAAAUAUGGGAUGGGGUGUGAUUGAACAAGGAUGGAGAAAGGGUCCUUGGACUGCUGAAGAAGACAAAUUACUCAUUCAGUAUGUCAAUUUGCAUGGUGAAGGCAGAUGGAAUAAUGUAGCUAGGCUUGCAGGAUUGAAAAGGAAUGGAAAAAGCUGCAGAUUGAGAUGGGUGAACUACUUGAGGCCAGAUCUCAAGAGGGGGCAAAUAACCCCUCAUGAAGAAAUGAUUAUUCUUGAACUACAUGCUAAAUGGGGUAACAGAUGGUCAACAAUUGCAAGAAGCCUACCCGGAAGAACAGACAAUGAAAUCAAGAACUACUGGAGGACUCAUUUCAAGAAGAAGGCUACGCAAUCGUCCCCCGACACCCCGGAAAAGACUCGUGCCAAACUACUCAGGCGGCAGCAGUUUCAACAGCAACGAGAUCAUCAAAUAACGGGCACGGCGGCGAAAAUCGUGUCUUUUAAUACCGACGGAAGUGAGAACAGGUCAGUGACGAGUUUCGGUCAGGUGAGGCAAGAAAAUGCGUAUCCGAGUGCGUUUGAUCACGAUCAAGAACUGCUGUACUCGAUGAUUAAUGAUUAUGCGAGCUGCGUGAGUACUCAUGAUCAGGUAUCGAAUAAUCAGGAUACGAUUAUAUGGGAUAAUGGAUUCUGGAAUUUGGAUGACGAAGAAUAUCUUCUCCAUGGAAAUUUCACAGGCAGUGCUAAUAUUAAUAAUUACCAGCAUAAUUUUGCUACAGCUUUCUACUGAAUUUUCCCUCCGGUUUUUUUCCCCCCGUAAUUUCUCUCAGCCUGAUGUGGCUUUUGUUAUUGUACUAGCUAGUGCGAGAUUGAAACCAAAGACGGUUUUUCAAUAAUCGAGAGGUGAUUCUGAUUGUUCUUAGUCGAAAAAGCCUAAUAAACGUAAUCUUCUAUAGCCUUUUUUAAGA